UUCCAACUUUCAAGCGUAACAUUACAACUACACAAUGGCUUCAGGUUUCGGUUUGAAUGGCGGCCGUGGCCGAUGCUUCCACUUUUGGCAAGAAUUCAACAAAUGCUAUGCUGGCGCCGAUUUCCCUCAACAGUGCAAUGCCCAACGUGACGAUUAUAUGGAAUGCCUUCAUCACACCAAGGAGUUUGCACGUGUCGCACACAUCAAAGCCGAAGAAUUGAAGCAGGCUGAAAAGAACGCCAAGUUGAAGAGUGCCGCUAAUGCUGCUGCCACCUCCAACAUGCCUCGAUUGAACAUUAUUGAUAACAAGGACAACGCUGUUGAAACUAAAGCAUAGUUCCAUCCCCACCAAUUGUUUUUUUGUUUUUAAAAGAAUAAAAAUACGGGAGACGAUCCCGCAUAGAACAACAACAAA